AUGGAACUACAAACUCAAAACAAAACCGAAGAAAUCGAUUUAGAAAAGUAUACCUUUUCAGGUUCAAUAGCCAAUUUAACUUUAAAGAAAGUUAUAGAAAAAUGUGUAGAUGGUGCCAAAAUAUAUGAGUUAUGUGAAUUUGGUGAUAAAUUUAUGAAAGCCGAAUUAGAUAAAGUGUUUACAAAAAAAGAAAAAGGAAAUAAAAUUGAGAAGGGAAUUAGUUUUCCAGUAACAAUUAAUGUAAAUGAAAUAUGUAAUAAUUAUUCACCAAGUGCUGAUUGUGAUGAAACAAUAAAAACUGGUGAUAUUGUAAAGAUAUCUUUAGGUUGCCAUAUAGAUGGACAUAUAAGUAUGGUUGGUCAUACAAUAUAUGUUGGUAGUGAAAAUGAAUCUAUAGAAGGUCCUAAAGCUGAAAUAUUAAAAAAUUCUCAUAUUUUAGCUCAAUUAUUUUUAAAAAGUUUAAAAGUAGGUGUAAAUGCAAGUGAUAUAACAAAAAAUAUUCAAAAAGCUUGUAAUGAUUUAAAAUGUAAUGUAAUAUCUAAUUGUGUUACAUACCAAAUUAAAAAAUAUAUUUUAGAGGGAAGUAAAUUUAUAUUAUUAAAAGAAAAUCCAGAAAAUAAAGUUGAUGAUUUUCAAAUUCAAGCAGAUGAUAUAUAUGUAAUUGAUGUUAUGGUUACAACAGGAGAUGGAAAAAUUAAAGAAAGUGAUCAUAAAACAACUAUUUAUAAAAGAGAAGUUCAAAGAAAUUAUCAGUUAAAAACUAAUUUAGGAAGAUCAUUUAUAAAUGAAGUUAAUAAAAAUUAUCCAAUCUUUCCAUUCCAUUUAAAAUUUUUAGAAGAUCAAAGAGCAAGUUUAAUUGGUAUACCCGAAGCAAUGAGACAUGAUUUAAUUAAACCAUAUACUGUAUAUACAGAAAAAAAAAAAGAAUAUGUUUCUCAAUUUAAAUAUACUGUUAUGGUUAAAGAAGAUGGAAUAAAACAAUUUACUGGUAUCAAAUGUCCACAAGUUAAUAAAUGUAAAACAGCUAAUACAAUUCAAGAUGAAGGGUUAAAAAAUAUACUAAACUCUUCAGGCGCAAAAAAAAAGAAAUCAAAAAAUGGUGAAGAGGGCGCAGAAAAUGCAAAUUAA